AGAGCCAGUUGUGCGGACAUCUUGGUCUGUGAUCGCGAGGAGAUGAUGGCGGCUACUAGUGAAACUGGAGAUAGACUUGAUACUCGAAGGCUUGAAGCUAAGAAACAAACCUUGGAUGAUGCUUAUGCUGCUCCAGCGAAUUUUCUAGAGAUCGAUGUUGUCAAUCCUGAGACACAUGGGGUCGGUAAAAAACGGUACACUGACUAUGAAGUGCGAAUGAGGACAAAUCUCCCAGUUUUUAAGGUCAAAGAGUCAUCUGUAAGGAGACGGUACAGUGAUUUCAAAUGGCUAAGAGGGGAGUUAGAACGUGACAGCAAGAUAGUGGUACCUCCUCUUCCAGGUGAUGCAUUCAAGAAGCAAUUACCAUUCAGAGGGGAUGAUGGAAUUUUUGAAGAUGAUUUUAUUGAAGAAAGAAGGCAAGGUUUGGAGGCAUUUGUGAACAGGGUGUCUGGACAUCCUCUGGCCCAGAAUGAACGUUGUCUGCACAUGUUCCUAACAGAACCCAUUAUAGAUAAGAAUUAUGUCCCAGGAAAAGUUAGAACCACAUAAAACCAUAUGGAAUAUUGAUUAGGAAUGACAACAUUGUAUAAUUAUUCUUCGAGGUUAAACAAUCAAACAUCACUGAAAGGUGCUUUUAUCCUUCUAGCCAUCACAAUGUUUAGCUGCUCCACUAGCAUCUUUUGAAUGGUGUAGUACAAAGUUAGUUGUUCAGUGAAAGAAAUUACAAAAAUGUGAUCAUUAGUGAUUUAUGACAAAAUUGUAUAUUGGAUAUCAGAGCAAAACAUUUUUCUUGAUGGCUUAAGAACUAAAGGUUUGCUAUAUAUUUUUGGAGUUAUUCAAGAUUAAAUGGUGUACUGUACUUAAUUGCAAAUGAUUUGGGCAUUUCAAAGUAUAAAUGAAAUGAGAAUGCAUUUAUAGAAAGUAGCAGGAAACAAGGUUGAGGUUCUGAAGAUUACACAAUCUUCCAUUUUUGAUACGUUCAAAGCCUCUGUCAUAAGACUUUGAUAUGAAAUUGAUUUUUAAUGAGUGAAACUUGUUUUCCAAGGAUGGUUUUGCACCCAGCUUCAUCUUGAAAGAGACGGUUUUUGGAACUCAGAAAUGCCCUCUCUCUAAUGAAUACUCCAUAGUUGAUCUUAAUAGUAGUAGUGAGGUGUUAUUAGGUCAGGCAUUAUUCCAACUGAUCAUCAUGCAUUGUAGGAUGACAUGCUGAUGCUUAACACCAAUCAACCAAAUGGUGACUUACUAGUAGUCAUCAUUAUUGCCAUGAUAUUACAAUUUUUUUUUCUUUAUGGAUUGAAGAAAUAUCAUUAGUACACUAAUGUGAGGGUAUGUGGUGGACAAUUUUGAUUUAUCUGUUUGUGCUAUGGCUUUACCAAUGCUUGUGCCGAAAUACCCCUGUUGCUGUCAUUGUUAUCAUAAUAUUACUUUUUUUUUUCUUAAAUAUUGAAGAAAUGUUAUUAGUCCACUAAUGUGAGGGUGUGUGGUGGGAAUAUUUGAUUAAUUUGUUACUGCUAGAGCUUUACCAAUGCUUGUGCAGGAUUACCUCUGUCACCAUAACUCUAAGACUGAAAUGAAAAUGCUUUGCUUUGCUUGAGAUGAUUAUAUGAAGCAAACUAGAAUAUUUCAUAUCUAAAAUGUAUUUGCACACUUUUUAAAAUAGGAAGUAUUAUGUAAUAUGGUGCUGUACCACUAUAUAGUACGGUGAAGGUUAUAUCUAUCUUCCAUUUUUUAAUAAAUCAAUUUUGCUAUAA